GAGAGGCGGGCGCGGGGCGGCUCCCCGGCCGGGCGAGGGCCGCGAGGAGGCAGGUACCAGAAGAAAAGACAGCUACAGCUUUCCAAGAUGACUAUGAAUGAACUAAUGAAAUGAAAUACUUUUCAGAUGGAGUCUGCCCUCUAUAUAAGAUAAUGGUGUCUUGAUCUGUGCUCACACUUGUUCCCACUUAGAUUGCUCUGAAGUUGCCCGACAAUUCUCAAUUAUUUCACAGCCCAUUGACAAAAUGAGAUUCAACCAAAUUUUGCGUAAGUAAGAAUGGGCCCAGAUGUGCCUCUGCUGAACGAUCACAAGCAAGAAUUCCUCUUGAAGCGAUUGCCACAGACUGUUUUGGGUGGCCCUCGAUUUAAAUUAGGAUAUUGUGCACCUCCUUACAUCUAUGUGAACCAAGUCAUCCUCUUUCUGACGCCAUGGGUUCUGGGUGGAAUAGGGACACUUCUGUAUCAGUUAAAUGUUCUGCAAGACUAUUGCGCUGCUGCGCUUUCUGGAGGACUCAUGCUAGCCGCAGCUGUUAUUAUCCAGGCCACAAACCUGUAUGCCAGACAGAAAACUACGUCUGUGGAAAGGGUACACGUCCACAGUACCCUAACAGAUGAAGAUGAGUGGGAGUUCUCUAGUUGCAUGGGCUCAGAGACAGUCAGGUUUAUUAUUCCAGGCAAGAAAUACUUAGCUAAUGGCAUCUUUCACUCACUCGUUUCCGGGGUGCUGUGUGGCUUAGGAACUUGGUACUUGCUACCAAACAGAAUUACCUCAUUGUAUGGAGGCAACAUUGGAGGAACUGUCAUGAUAUUUGUAUUUGGAUGGCUAACAAUCUGCAUAGCGGAAUACUCCCUAAUUGUCAAUACUGCUUCAGAGACAGCUACUUACCAAGCACUGGACACCUAUGAAAUUGUUCCUCUUAUGAGACCUUUCUACGUUUUUGUCUUCAUUGCUGUGGAUCUUGCUCACAGAUUUGUUGAUGAUAUACCUGCUUUAAAGCUAACGAACCAGAUUUUACACAUUGUAUUUUUAUGUUUGCCUCUCUUGUGGACUUUGGGAAUUCUGCCCCCACUGGAUGCACUUUUUCUCUGGGGAAUGGAGCAAGUGCUGGAGCUCGGUCUAGGAGGUUCGCCCAUGUCAAGUAACUUAAGGCUGCUAGUGAUGCUUCUCAUUUCUCUUGGGACAGCCAUUGCAUCUUAUUUCAUCCCCAGCACUCUUGGCACAGUCCUGUUCAUGACUGGAUUUGGAUUUGUACUGAGUCUUAACCUAAACGAGCUUUGGUUUGCCUUCAAAUGCAUCGUGAUCAACCGAUUUGCUUCCAACAAACCUAGGAGUACAACUGUUCAUUGUAGGACACAGUUUGGAUGCAGGGAACUGGUUUUCUAUUUGACUGUAUUGACUUUUGCUCUCCUAGAAGCUGGCCUAUUGCACUGCUUCCUUGGAUCUCAGGCAUUUUCUAAAAGCAGUUGUCAGGCUGUUAUAAGCUAUGUGCUGGUAGUUUUAUUCCUUGCCAUGUGGCUUCUUGGAGAGAUUCAGACAGUGUACAUGUUUGGGAUGUUCCGAAAUCCCUUUUACCCCAAGGAUGUCAUGGCAGUUGGUGUAUUUCUGAAGAAGCAAAAGAAACUUAAGAAAAUUGGUGUGCUCAGAAGGAUUUUACUGACUGUAGUGUCUCCGUUUGCUAUGAUAGCAUUUCUUUCUCUAGACAAUUCUCUUCAUCAUCUCCCAUCCAUAUACAUUUCCAUUGGAUUCUCAAGAGGCUUUAGAAUGGUAUGGCAAAAUACAGAACAUGCCCUGUUGGAUAUGGUGGUGGUAUCCACUGUGCAGUUGCUGGUGUUCAAUACUGAUCUGUGGUGGAACAGAAGCAUUGAUACAGGAAUCCGACUCUUGCUGGUUGGAAUUAUCCGGAAUCGAUUGUUCCAGUUUGCUUCAAAAUUGCAGUUUGCACUAACUGUGCUCUUGACAUCGUGGACAGAGAAAAAGCAACGGCGGAAGUCCACUGCUACCCUGAUUGCACUCAACGUUGUCUUCUUUCCAAUAGUAAUAGGCCUCAUAUUACUGUCUGCACUGCUCUCGUCUCCCUUGCUGCCUCUCUUCACUCUUCCAGUAUUUCUGGUUUGCUUUCCAAGACCCAUCCGAAGCUGGCCGGGACCUGUGGGUGUGACGGCCUGUGUGUGCCCUGACACCGUGUAUUAUCAGCAAAUGAUUCCAAGCUUGACUGCUUCGUUGCAGUCUGUGUUGCCAGUUGGCAGCCUGGGUCUUUGUUACCCUGGGUCUCAUUACUUGUGCCGAUUUCAAGACAGACUGGUAUGGAUCCUUGUGCUAGAAAGAGGCUUCACUUACUGUUGUCUCAAUAUCAAGGGAUUAGAAUUGCAGGAAACAUCCUGCCACACAGCUGAAGCUCACAGAGUGGAUGAAAUAUUCGAGAUGGCAUUUGAACACGAGGAACGUGGUCAGGCCCUCUCCUUCAACCAUCACUUUGGAAAUAUUUUAACACCUUGUGCUGUUCUUCCCGUGAAACUCUAUUCCGAUGCCAGAAAUGUCUUGUCUGGAAUAAUCGAUUCUCUGGAGAACAGGAAGCAGUUUAAGGAUGAUUUCAUAAAAGUCCUCCUAUGGGUGCUAAUUCAGUAUAGUUACAAGAAGUCAAAAACACACAGAACACUUGAAAGGACACCCCCGUCCAAGCAGGAACUACCUUCAGUAGAGCAGUCCGAAGUUUUUAGCAAGGCAGAAGAAAGGCCAGGCUCCUGGAAAGAGGAUGAUGGCUUCAGUGUGGAAUCAGUAGAGGAGUGGUCUGAUGAUAGCACCCUUUUUGAUGCAGAACCCAGCAAGAAAGCACCGAAGGCAAAAGGAAUGGCAUCACGAGGAACUACCCCAAAGCCUUUCUUUUCCCUUCCAGGCUCUGUAGAAAUACACAAUACAGAUGAACUACCAGAGGCAGCUAGUGUGAAUAAGCUCUAUAGAACUGUUGUCCUCGGUCUUCCUGCUGCAGACACUGGAAAACAGUGGGGAGUAAUAGAUCUGCCUCCUAUUAAAUUCAGUAGCUCCUAUUCUGAGCUGAUAAGCCUUCCUGAAGAAUGGAGAACUGCACCCUUGCCAGUUGGCAGACUCCAUGAGAUGAAGCAGAAAUUCCCGGAAGAUUGGUACCAUUUUGUGAUUCGCCAACUAGAUUUCUUUCACCUGAAAGAAAAGUCUUCAAGCUUACCUGAAGAUCUUUUGAAAGACCCUGCUUUGAAGGACUUGUAUGUCCAGGUUGUCCUGUCCUGUUACAUUGCAACGUUUGGUUUAGACAACACAGUUCCAUCUCCUGGCCAUAUAUUUAGAACCUACAAUGGGGGUCUCCCCUAUUCUGUCUGCUUGGACUGGCUCACAGGAAAGCAAGAACUCUUUCAGCUAGCGCUCAGAGUGUUCAGAUACACAGUUAAGCUUAUGGUUGAUAAGGCAAGCCUGGGUCCUGUCGAAAGUUCCAAAGAGCUGCUGAACUGUCUUGAAGAGUAUGAAAAUGACUGGUACAUUGGACUGGUGAAUGGAAAAGAGUGGCAGCAAGCUGUUUUGCAAGAAAAGCCCUAUCUUUUUUCUUUGGGACACGAUUCUAAUAUGGUAAGUGGUGAGUUUUAUCCUUGCUAACAAGAUUAAGUGGAUUUUUCCUUGAUAUGUCAGUUUUUUCCAUCUAAAUUUUAUCUAGGAUUAAAGAAGAAAGUAGCUUAAUAGCUUAAUAAAAUCAAAUGCUGUAUUUUUCUUACAUGAAAAUUAAGAUUGGCUAUUACAUUGAGUGCAUAUAUUCUGUAGAUUCUUAUAUUUCAUAUUUCACAAGACAUACUACUCUUGAAGAUAAUUAUAACAAAGACAGUCCAAAUAUUUGCAUAUUUAUCCAUUUGUAAACUGCACCUAAAACCGCCUGCUCAAAAGUUUUGUAUUGUCCUCCACUGACUGUUAUUUUUGAUGAAUGUUUAUCCUUCCAAUGUUGUAAUAUUAGUCUUUUAGCUGUCAAGGGCCCCAAGAAUCCAUUUAUGUUGAUCUAGCAUUAAAUUUCAAGUGAUGGGUAGAUAGGUAAGAAGAACAUGCAUCUCUGUAAAUAUGAAGGCACCUUUCAUCACAAAAUUUAUCCAGACUGUUACAGAAACAGCCACUGGGAAUUGCCAAAGCAUAUGACUAAAAGAAUAGUUAACUGUAUCACAUCUUCAACUACUAGCCAAUUUAUUUAAGCCCUUAUUGAAAAGACCUUGUGGUGGCCACGAUACUCAGAACAUCAAUUUUUGCUGAAUUAAAUGUAACCUAAAACCCAUUACCCCUUUUCAGAUAAAUGCCAACAAAAUGCUCCAUUGAUCUGGCAAAAUAGGGUACUCAGGUUCUUUAUUCCAUUCAUGCUUGAGACCCUAAUUGUUCACCCAUUAUAGAUAUUUGUAAACAUGGAACGUGGGUGUUUGCAACUGUUCAGGCUCAGUCAACUCUUCUGAUAAAAGAGGGGUUUGAUCCUGUAAAUGCAGCAGAGCUGAAACUCAAUUCUGGCGAAUGUCCUGAUUGUAUAUAUUGUCAUUCUGAAUUUUACUGUAAAGCCUAGAUUUUUUUUUAAAAAAAAGCAGUUUUGCUGAUGCUUUUCUCCUUUGAGGUUUGCAUGUCUUGCUGUGUCUUGUUCUGAAGCCUCUAGCACACAUGGUUGCAAAGAAAGGGAAUUUCAGGCACAAUCCUGUGCAUAUUUAGACAGAAAAAACCCUCUAGCUGGGGAAUUCUGGGCCUGGAAGCCCUUUUCUCUGUCUAAACAAGCACAGGCUGCAUCCUACCAUUGUGAUCCUUAUACGUAUUUACUCAGGAGCAAGUGCCAUUAAAGUGUGUGGGACUUAUGCCUGAAUCAGACGUCCAAGAUGUACAAACCUCAAAACAUAAAACCUGACUUCUGAACUGGUUUGUAUGCAACAAUGCCCCAGGUUUCUUUUUUUUAAAUCUAGGUUGUUGUUAGCUGCGAAGUCGUGCCCAACCCUUAAUGACCCCAUGGACAACAUUCCUCUGGGCCUCCCUGUCCUCUGCCAUCCCCUGGAGUCCUCUUAAGCUCACAGCGACUGCUUCAGUGACUCCAUCCAGCCACCUCAUUCUGCCGUCCCCUUCUUUUGUCAUCUAUUGUUCCCAGCAUUAAAUAUAGGUUACCAUAAGGGAAACGGCAUUCCCACUUGCUUUGUCCUCAGGAGAGUGGCUAUUUAUUGACUUAUUACUAGUUUUUCCUUGAGAAAAUAGCUCAAAGUUAUUUACAUGGGCCUCCUCCUUCCCUCCUAACUCUGGGGCAGGUGAGGCUGAGAGUCUGGCCCAGAGUCACCCAGAUUGCUUUUAAGGACGAGCGGGUACUAGAACCCAGAUCUCUUGAGGCCAGGACAACACCCGAAUUGCUAAGGCUCACUGGAACCGCCCCCCCCCCCCGGCUGUCCCAAAAUGAUCUGUCUCCAGCCUAGCUAGCUAUAUAUCCCAAGUGGGAGCCCUGCCUUGCCUUUCCGCAGCCAAGCCAGUGCUGUGAUCAGCCAGAGUGACUGAGCCAUGUGCAUUAACAUGCUGCUUGGCUCACAGUGGGCCAGGUCUGGAAUAAACCCAGGAAAGAGAGGAUUUAAGAGGCGGGUUAUGGGUGGCUAUCAGUGCUAGGAGGACUUGCGAAGCCAUCGCUGGUCCAAUACACCCCCACCCCUUUGUUCUGCCAUUUGUCGCAUCUUCUCCUGCUGACUUUGAUCCUUGCCAUCCUCUCAUCUGGUGCCUCUUUAGGAGGCAGGGAGUGGGAACAAUGCAGACCAUAUUUCUAACCCAUCCAAUAGAAUGAGCAUCUUUUAAUUCAGCUAGUGAUUUUCACAAGGCUACUUGGUGAGCUUCACAGGGGAGGGGAGUUUUGAGUCUGCUGUUCCCUGCUAGGUGAUGUAGCUAUUAUAUUGAACUUUUGUCUAUAUGCUUACUCAAUUUAAGUUUAAUUUGGUGAAUUCUGGAAAUGUGGGCGCUUUUCCUAGCUUAUCAAAUGAUUUUAGGUCCUUUUGACAUAGGGUAAAACUAGUCUGUGUCUUUUGAGCAGGCAUGCAUGUGAGCAUGACAUCCAAGAACUGAUUAUGCAUAACCCAUUCCAGGGAGAGGUCGUGACAGGCCUCUUUGUCCUGUGACUGAUUUGCCAUACUGAACAUGAGUUCAGGCUUUUUACCAUUAAAUUUCCAAACAAUGCGCCGAUAGAUUACUCGUGCAGUGACCCCAGACAGGACUAGAAACUUAGCAAAAUUAACAAGAUUGACUUUUUUAAUAGAUUAAGCUUGCCACAAUUGAUAAAUAAAUCAUACAGAACUGUGAGAAACUGAAUGAACACUUAACCACACUAUCUCCAACAGGUAGGAUCCACACUUGAUCAAGUCACAUUCAGUUCAAUAGGCCUACUUGAAGUAUAGCUGUCUAGAUCCAAGCCAAUAUUCACGACUGAUGCCACAGACUACUUAGGGAGGAAAAUCUGAAUUUUGUAGAAAUGGGGUAUGUUCUACAGGGACCCAGAGCGCUCAGACACAAGCUCUGUCUGUCUGUCUGUCUGUCUGUCUGUCUGUCUGUCUUCCAGGGAGCUUAUACUAGCAGAGUCCUUACCCUUCAGGAAUUUCUGGUGCAAGUUGGCAAACUGAAUGGCGAAGCAGUGAGAGGACAGUGGGCAAAUCUGUCAUGGGAGCUGCUCUAUGCUACCAAUGACGACGAGGAGCGGUACAGCAUCCAGGCCCAUCCCCUGCUCCUGAGGAACCUGACCAUCCAGGCCGCAGACCCUCCCCUUGGCUACCCGGUGUAUUCCUCCGAGCCUCUGCACAUGGCCUUGCUCUCGGGUUUGGACACGUGGCUCUGAAGUUCUGCUCCAGACUGCGGGUGGACUUGUCUCACCACAAGCUCCUUUGCCAAAGAUAAUGCUGGCUGUAGGUAGAGUCUUUGGUCAGGAAUCUCUGAAUUGCUUUCCAGCACCGGAAUGCUGAGCCUAACAAUGGGAGAUGUUGGCACUAAGGACAACUCCUGAUGCAGGCACUAAGCUCAUUGGUGCAUGUGCUUUGCUUUUUUUCAUAAACUGAAAGAUCAUUUUGACAGGUGACCUGAAGUAGAAAGCAGGUUACCACAAAUUAGUAUAAAAACGUGCUCUUUCCCUGAUUUUGAUAUAACAGUCCUCCUCUUAUCACUUCUUCUAUUGUGUAUCAUAUUUGCAUUAUCAAAAGGAUACUUGAAAAAAAAGCAUUUAAUAAUAUACAUCUGUUCAGCUGACA